AUGAGGUCUUUUGAAACGGUUUUGGUGGCCUUUUUGGCGGGAACUGCGAAUGCGGUUUUGAAGGAUUGGCAACAAUGCGGCGGAACGACGUAUUCUGGUGACACCGCUUGCGCCAACGGAUCCGGCUGUGUAGUUAUCAAUGAAUACUACUCCCAAUGCCAACCCGGCGCAGCCCCCGCCCAACCUCCGGCCGCGACCACUCUCAAGACUUCUGCCGCCGUCCUAACAGGCGCAAACCCCGCCGCAACUGGGACACCCGCUGGCAGCGGCCCCGGCACGGAACUCCAAACUGGCUACUACUGGAUCCGGGCAGUUGCGUCCCCCAACUUCCACAAAUAUAUGCAGAGUAAGCCACUGUACGCGACUGGCCCCGCUGUACUAGGCGAUUACACUACCGCAGGCCAAUUCCAGGUCGUGGAUGGACAGCUCGUACAGUUAGUUUCGGGCCCGGGAGAGAAGCCGGAGAAGUUGCUUUAUGGGAUUGUUAGCCAGGAGAGGUAUAUUAAUAAUAACUCCCUAAGCGUAACUUGGUCCACCGAGAAAAAUGGCUACGGCAAAUUCGCCUUCAACGGCGAUGGCUUGACGUGGAACGUUGCAGGCGUCACGCGUCCCAAUGCUGCGGCUUGGUAUGUGUGUACUGGACAAUUGAUGUAUAUUAAUUUAGGCAAUUAUUUGUACCAGACGCCGAGUGGAUGUGCAGACCAGACGAUUCAUUAUUAUAAUGAUAAGAAGGCGAAUAAUUGAGUAAAAGGAGGUUGGUGGAUGGGGUUACAAAG